AGAGAGAGAGAGAGAGAGCCCUGGCGUUCUCAGACAGACACUCAUCGCUCGCUCUCUCACUGGCUGGGUGGACAGAGCUGUGGCGCAGGAGGAGAGGAGCACAGAGAGGACACGCUGCCCGAUGAGAGAGAGGGGACCAGAGGAACAGCCUGUCUGCACAGGAGGAAGAGAAUACAUAAAAUAAUAGGGCAAUAUCCAAAGGAGGGAAAGAGAGUGAGAGAGAGAGAGAGAGAGAGAGAGAGAGAGAGAGAGAGAGAGAGAGAAUGCACACAUCUACUUCAUGGGAGGAGGAGGAGCCCGGUUGGGGGUGGAGCUGAGAAGGAUUGACGGACAUCAGCACAAGAGGAGGAGGAGCGUGAGGGCAAGUUAAUGAAUUUGAUUUGGAGAGAAGUAUUUUUAGAAAAGGAAGAAAACAAGAGGAGCGUUACGAUUGGAAAUGCCACAGUUCUGAGGGAGAGAAACAGAGAGUGAAAGAAAACUGGAACGAUAGAAUGAGCGAGAGAGAGAAACUAGGAUCUGAGCGUGACUGAACAGAUUUUCUGGUCAGGUUUCCCACAGGGAAACACAGUGUGUGUGCAUGUGCUCCCCUCUCAGUGUGAAUGAGUGUUUGCGUGCGUCUGGGACUAAGAAGCGUCUGCUCCUCGCACAAGACGGGCUCACCGUACAUUAUCACCCGCAGGACACAACACCCGCUCCCCCAGUCAAGAGAGGAGGAGAAGAGAAAGGACAAUGGAGGGGGGAAUAGGGAGGGAGUGAAAGAGUGACAGAUGGGAAGGCUGGAAAUCAAGAAGAUAAAAGUGAGCUCACAAAAAAAGCCGGAGAAGAAAUUAGUGAGGUAGACUCACAAAGGCAAUUAGUGAUGCGCGGCUGCUCGUUUUAGCGGUGUCAUGUAAACAAGUCCAGCCUCUGGCCGUGGUGGUGUUGGAGGGUUAGCAGGUUGAACGAGGCUGAGCAUCACUGAUCGAAGCGGAGCGACGGCAAAGUCCCAAAAGACAGCAGCCUCGGUCGGCAGAGAGAGGAGCGCCGACAGAGCAGAGGGAACCGGCAGGACGAGCCGUUCUUUGACAGACGGCACCAGAUAGAACCACAACAGACCCACUGCUCUCUUCUUUAACCUUCCGUUCUUUCAUUUUGUCUGUUCUUCUCAGCUCAUCUUGCCUCUCUCUCCUCUAGCACUCACUCCACCCACUCUCUUCUCCCUCCCUAUCCUUUUCCCUCUCCCUCCCUCUCGCUCUCUAGCUCUCUCUCUCUCCCUCUGUCUCUUCCUCUCUUGCUCUGUGUUACACUAACUGGUGCGGAUGCUGGAGUCGCUCAUGUAGAAGCUGCAUCGCUUGGUGCAUAUUUGCAUGGCUGAUUGUAUUUUUUACUGCUGAGUUGGGUGAGUGGACUUUCAGGUCAAGGGAACCAGAUGGACUGAGUGGGAGAAGCCCAACAAGUAGCUAAAGAGUAAAACAGGACACCAACAACAACAAACAGAAGACACUGUGACAGAGAGAGAGAGUUAGUAUGUGUGUGUGUGAGUGAGGUUGUGUGUGAGGAGCUUGUACGGAUUGUGUGUAACAGCAGAGUCAGAUAAGCACAAAUCCAGGUGUGGAUUACAUCAGUGGGGAUAUCGGUGCCCUGGAGCUCCAUGUGGGGCCCAGCCCCUGAGGCCUGGCUGGGAGAUGAAGCCUUUCUCUCGGCACUAGGAGCGGUGUGGGCAGCCAUGGCUCUGGAGGGGCGAUGUCUCCAGCGGGGAUCCCCAGCCGUGGUGAGGAGAGGCCGCCGGCGCCUCCCUGCAAGGCCAGGCCUGUCCUCAAUCACCUCCAACCUGCUGGCUGCGACAAGUCUGCAUGGCCUCAGGCAUGUGUGUGUGUCCGGUGGCUCCAUAGGCCGUCGGGGCUUCUGGCUGCUGGCCCUGUGCACCUCAUUGGGCCUGCUCCUGUCCUGGUCCUCCAACCGUCUGCUCCACUGGCUCUCUUUCCCCACCUACACACGGAUCCACACAGAGUGGGCCAAGGAGAUGGCCUUCCCCACAGUCACUAUCUGCAACAACAACCCAAUCCGCCUCUACAAGCUCACCAAAAGUGACCUGUACUUUGCUGGCCACUGGCUGGGCCUACUGCUGGCCAACCGGACGGUGAGACCCAUGGUGCUGGAUUUGCUGCAGGAGGACAGCCAGGCCUGGUUCAGCAAACUGUCUGACUUCAGGCUGUUCCUGCCCCCCAGAAACUUUGAGGGCAGCAACCUGGAGUUUAUGGACCGGCUGAGCCACCAGCUAGAGGAAAUGCUUCUCUCCUGCAAGUACCGAGGAGAACCAUGCGGUCCCCAGAACUUCACCUCUGUGUUCACCAGGUAUGGAAAGUGUUACAUGUUCAACGCAGCGGAGGAGGGGAAGACGCUGCGGACCACCAUGAAGGGAGGGACGGGGAACGGCCUGGAGAUAAUGCUGGACAUCCAGCAGGACGAGUACCUACCCGUGUGGGGCGACACAGAGGAGACAGCGUUCGAGGCGGGAGUGCGGGUGCAGAUCCACAGCCAGGCAGAGCCGCCGUUCGUCCACGAGCUGGGCUUUGGCGUUGCCCCGGGCUUUCAGACCUUUGUUGCCACUCAGGAGCAGAGGCUGACCUACCUGCCUCCUCCAUGGGGAGAGUGUGAGUCCAAGGCCCUAGACUCUGGCUUCUUCCAGGUCUAUAGUGUGACAGCUUGCAGGAUCGACUGUGAGACACGCUACAUCGUGGAAAACUGUAACUGCAGGAUGGUGCACAUGCCCGGUGAUUCUCCAUUCUGUACCCCUGAACAGUACAAAGACUGUGCAGAGCCUGCCCUUGCCAAGUUGUCAAUGCUGGAGAGUAGCAACUGCAUCUGUAGGACACCAUGCAACAUGACACGCUACAACAAGGAGCUGUCCAUGGUCAAGAUCCCCAGUAAGACCUCAGCACGCUACCUGGAAAAAAAGUUCAACCGCUCUGAGAAAUACAUCACGGAUAACAUCCUAGUUCUGGAUGUGUUCUUUGAGGCCUUGAACUAUGAGACCAUUGAGCAGAAGAAAGCCUACGAAGUGGCAGGCUUACUGGGUGAUAUAGGUGGUCAGAUGGGUCUGUUCAUCGGGGCCAGUAUCCUUACCAUCCUGGAGCUAUUUGACUACGCCUAUGAGGUGGUGAAGGACAAGUUGCUGGACCUACUGAGCCGAGACGACGAGGAGGAGAGCCACGGAGAGGACGUGAGUUCCUGUGACCCGAUGGCUAACCACUCGGAGGCCAUCAGCCACACGGUGAGCGUCCCCCUACAGACCACCCUGGGCACGCUGGAGGAGAUCGCCUGCUGAGCCCCCAGCCCAGCUCCACACACACACCAGGCAAGGCCACUGUGAGCCACCACCACACAGGGAGCAUAGUGAGCAGCAGCCUCUUCCAUAGGCUACCAGGACAGAAUGAUAGUGACUUUGGUGGGGAGGAUGGGUGGCUGGUCAGAGGAAAGGGUGGCUGGGUUGGGCUAGACUGGGCUGGACUGGGCCUCCCCUCCACACUGUUACUGCAGCACUAAUGGGGAUUAAGGAGCUGUCACCUGGACUUACUGGUGCUCUCUGUUACUGGAACUGUUACUGUACUGCUGGAGGAGGACAGCCACCUCCCCUCCUCCUCACGUGCUCAUCUACCUGACUCAUAGGUCUUCUCCAGUUCACAGACAGACAGACUGCACUGUAAACCUAACGGGAAGGGACUCAUCUCUGUCCUAGACAUGUGUAUUCACUAGUCACCCAUCGGUCAGUCCUGCCAGACAUUGUACCAUAACAGUUGCUGUGAACUGUCCAAGUUGCAUGCGCUGCUUCCUCUCGGAGACGGUUUCUCUCUUUGGUGAUGCUGAUUGGCUGACGCUGGACUGCAGUGUUGCUUUACUGUACAUUUGCCCUGUCUCUCUUUCUCUCUCUCUCUCUCUCUCUGUCUCUCUCCGUCUCUCUCCGGGGCCUAUGUGAUGAGGCCAGCUAUAGAAAUAGAAUGUAUAGAUUGAACAUGGUUCACUAUAACAUAUUUCAUAUGACACAUCCAUCUAAGGCAGUUUCAUUUUGUUGAUGCACUGUUUUCUUAGGCGGCAAGUUGUAUAUCUACGGGAAGGGCUGUUGGGACUGUAUUUGCAUUCAUAUUGGGAAAACAUGAGCAUUCUAAAGACUCAAUUCCAAAAUGACUGUUUUGCAUUCGGUUAUUUUCUUAGUUGUUUAAUGCAUCCGUUCUAUUGAUUCCACUCCUAUCAAUUUACCACAAGGUGAGUACCCCGAGGGAAGGCAAGGUACUGAGCUGCUUCUUAACAACAUAUUAAACAGGUGCCAUAUUCCUAUGUGUAAACUCAUGUAAAUGAUUAAACGCUUGCCUCUUGGCGGCAGCGCCUCAGUGGGGUAAAAGCACUCAUUGAUGACUGAGGCUGAGCCAAAACCAGAGAGGUGGAGUAUGACAUUGUUUACCUGGCAGGAUACAAGCAGAGUACAAAUGUCGCUCAUAAAUGAACAUGCUGGGGGGGGGUAUUUUCAUUUCAGCUGCAUGAUGUGGGUGUGUUGUCUGGUGAGAACUGACGGACUCCCAACUCAUCAUAGUUUACAUAAUGGACUUGGCCCUUACAUAGAGAUAGCCCAGCUAGAAAUUGAAUUGAAUUGAAAAUGGAAUUUCCAUGAUAAUCACGGUUCUAUUAAUGGAAAUAAUGUUUGGACGAUAAUAAUUGCACUGAUGUAGAUUCAGAUGAGGGGAAAUUAUCUUCUGAUUCAUUUGAGGAUACAGGGUGUGUUGUAUUGUGGUGUUAAUAUUGGUGUUGUAGUACGAAAAACCAAAACGGUACGAGACAGUGUUCUGUCCUGUCUACAGUGGAUAUGUUAUUGAAGAAGGACUUACAUGAACCGACUUAUGACUGGUUGACAUUUUGAUUUGACGCAAAUACAAAUUUGCUAACAGAGCAGGAUAAUAAUUCAAAUAAUCAAGCCCAACAUGUAAAGCCUGUCGUUUGCUGAAACGGUAGCCUGCAGACUUUGCCGGGACUAUUGUCCAUCUCUGACUGAAAGACACAAUCUUUGUCAAAUUGGAGGUGAUUUUAAGCCGAUAGCCCCAACCAAACACAUUUAAUAACCAGUUAAAAUCAAACUCACCAAACCAUGGGUGGUGUGAAAACCACAGGAGGUGUUUUUCUGUUCUCAAAAAAAGUGACAAAGGACUAUCCAAAACCAUGACAUGAAACGCUGACUGGUCUGAGUCCAACUCAAAAAGGAUUUGGUUUGCACUUUAUGUUUCGUUAACACCCCUCCCACCUAGUGCCAUCACACUAAAAAGGGGGGCCAUAUUGCAUCACUAUGAUAUGACGAGUACAUCCAUCCAGAGUAGCAUAUCAAUUAGCCAUGAUUAUCCAGACAGGCGGCAGGUAGUUAGCGUGUUGGGCCAUUAACCGAAAGGUCGCUGGUUUGAAUACCCAAGCCGACAAGGUGAAGAAUCUGCCGAUGUGCCCUUGAGUCAGGCAGCUAAACCUAAUUUGCUCCAGGGGCGUCGUACUGCUAUGACUGACCCUGUAAUACAACACAUUUGACUGCAUCUAUCCGGUGUAUGUGACAAAACUUCUACUAUGUCAUCGUUAUAAUGUACAGUACAGGUGGGAAUGAUCUCCAAGUGCUUUGUGAACUAUGAUUUCCUGUCUGUUGUUGACCUGCUGUGUGUAAUUUAAUCUCUCAUGUAUGGCUUAUCAUGUCUCCUUUAGCAGUGACCUCAGCCAUCUCCAGGGGUGGACUUGCCAUCUGGCAUUUGCCCGAAAUGCCAGAUGGGCUGGUUCAUUUUUAGCCUAGUGGGCCUGUCUAACAGAAAAUUGUUACUUUGCUAAAUUAUCAUUAUCGUGACCUUGAGGAAAAAUAUGGACCGGUGUGAGGACCUCAAGGAAAAACAUGGGCCGGUAUAUUGCAAAUGCAAGAGCCAAUUUCUGGUCCCAGUCCUCCCCUGCUUCUCACCUACUGUAUAGAUCUGUCCAUGGAGAGAGGUGAACUACUAUGGGACACAUACUGAGUCUCAGUGAAAAUGCCACUGGUUGUUUCUUCUCUUUUCGUUUCUAUUGUUAUUGCAGGACUGCUUUUUCAUUUUGUGAUGCAGCGUACAGUAUGUGUUUUUAAUGUGAAACGAUUAAUAAAAAAAAGGUUUUGCUGCGG